UAUUAUACCUUGCUAUUUACCAAAUUUACACAAAUUUACCGACAAUCGACAUACCGGUAAUGUUUGUGUGAUAAUAUUUUAGAGAUUCUUGCUGUAGAUUUUGCAUAUUACAAUGAUUCCUUUAUAUUUAGAAAACGGUGUUGCGUAUGUAUGGAAUUCUGAAGACUGGUACAUUCUGCGAACAAAACAUCGAAUAUGUGGCUCACUUAUUGGAUCUUUACCAUCAUUUCCUAGACAAAAUGAUUUCCAAGGUUUACCAAUGGCACUUAUGUCUGAAGAAGCAGCAUUGCUUAUAAAUGAAGGCAUUUGUGAAUUAUAUGAUACACCCAACAUGACACAGAAGGUGUCUAAUGAAAUAAAACAACAGGUAGAUGAAAUUGAAAAUAGGGUUACCAACGAGCAGGCAGAAGCUUUGAAAAGAAGGAAAAUUGAACAGAUUGCACAAAAAAUUGAUAUAAUUUUGACUGGCAAAAGACAAAAACUGUUAUCAAAGGGGAUUGCUGAUAUAGAUUUAGAUAAAAAUAUUUUAUUGCAAGAAGAAAUAAAUAAGGUGCCAAAUAUUGCUCCAUCUAACUUAUUAAUUCAUUUACCAACUGAACAUUAUUAUGAUACAGGGAAAACCAAGGUAUCCCUAGAUGCAUUGAAUCCCAGUAUAACAGAAGGUAAAGGAGUAAUAAAGUAUGCAGUGUUUGAAGACUUAUGGAAAAAAGGAUUUUAUAUCACAAAUGGAUCAAAAUUUGGUUCAGAUUUUUUAAUUUACCCUGGUGAUCCAGUAAGGUUCCAUGCAACCUACAUGUUGAAAUGUACCAAUGUAGAAACAACUUUUCGAGCUGCAAGCUUAGUUGCGUUUGGACGGUUAUCAGUAGGAGUUAAUAAAUUGGGUGUUCUGGCAUAUUUCAAUGGAUUAAAUGAAAUUGAAUAUCAGACAUUGCAAUGGCAUGAUAGUGUUAAUGUUUAAUAUUGUGUAAGGACAUUGUUUUUAUUUUUAAUAGGUGUAUAUGACGUUUUUUUUAUUGAAUAAAUUACUAACUAACUA